AUUCUUUGGAAUCAUUCAAUCUUGUAUCAUAUAUGAGGAACGACAACUCAAAUGUUCAAAGCUUUUUGACAAGUCUUCCCAUACAGUACCUAGAUAAUUCUACCGCUACUUUUCUCAAUUCUACUCUAGGAUCGUUUUCACCUUGUUCCAUCCUUGAUCUUAAGAGAGUUGCUUAUCUUGAUUCCUGUAUUACUCUCCCCGCUCCUCCUUCCCUCCUACCCUACCUUUGAUUCCCUCAGCCUUUCUCGGCAUUAUAACCGCUGCGCUUCCCAACAGUCCGCUACCCACCAUUUGAUACAGGACAAGACAAAUUCACGGGUCUGCAGCCUUACAGUAGAAGGCGCUUGAAAUUCUUUGGGAAUACCAAGAAAGGAUACUCCACGAAUUUGCAUAAACUUAUUCUCUUGGCACUCUCAUACCUUCAGCCACAAUUAGGAGUUUCGCCAUUUGUCGCAGAUAUCUUUUGUUGCUAGGUACUCGGGAACUUGUAGAAAACAUCAGAUUCAUUCAAGAUUGAUUUUUGAAAGUACAACUUCCAAAUCAAUCUCCCAACCAACAAAUCAUUUUUCACAUUGAACUUAUUUUUUAUUACAUUGGAUUUUCCGGUCUUCUCGGAUUUCGGAAAUAACAAAUUUUUGGUCUCCAGGGUCGAAGCUAAAUAAUUAGUGUUUAUUGUCCGCGUCAUCUGGAUUCACCCGAACAAUAUAUACCGAUUUCACAUCCCAUAUUGGAUAGGAAUCCAUACAAGGGGAUUUUCUUUACCACCAAUAAAUACGUUUCCAAUCAUGAGGACGACGACAUUCAUUGCGGCUGCUGUGGGAUUAUUAUCAGCGUGUACCGAUGCACUUCAAUUACAGAGACGAAGCGAUGCAUCAGCAAGAGUAAUUGCGCUAGAUAUGGUACGGAAACAAGUGGACAAUCCUUUAGCAAGAGACAAAUUAAGGAAAUUAAGGCGGAGGUCAAAAACAGUUGCGGCUACAUUAGAUAAUGAGGUUAGUGAAAUUCAUUAGGUCCCGCGACAGGCAUAAUACUGAUUAAAGUUAGGAAACUUUAUAUUUCGUCAAUGGAACAUUAGGGACACCAGCACAAAGUUUACGGUUACAUAUCGACACAGGUAGUAGUGAUUUAUGGGUCAAUACUGCUACCUCGACCUUAUGUAGUGAGGGAAGAAGUCCAUGUAAGGCUGCUGGAACAUAUUCUGCCAACUCAUCAUCAACAUAUGCAUAUGUAGCGAGUGAUUUUAAUAUUUCUUACGUUGAUGGAUCUGGUGCUUCCGGGGAUUAUGUUACCGAUACCUUUACGAUUGGAUCAACGACAUUAGACAAAUUACAGUUUGGUAUUGGAUAUACCAGUUCUUCACCUGAAGGUAUUCUAGGAGUUGGUUACGAGAUUAAUGAGGUUCAGGUCGGAAGAGCCAUGAAAUCGGCAUAUAAAAACUUACCAGCACAAAUGGUUUCUGAUGGUUUGAUCAAUUCAAAUGCUUUCUCCCUAUGGCUUAACGAUUUGGAUGCCAAUACUGGAAGUAUCUUGUUCGGUGGUGUCGAUACCGCUCGAUAUCACGGUCAAUUGGAAACACUCCCGAUUCAAAAAGAAUCCGGAUACUAUGCCGAGUUUCUCAUUACUUUAACAGAAGUUAUGUUGGGAAAUCUCGUCAUCGCCCAAGAUCAAUCCCUCGCUGUCCUUCUCGAUUCCGGGAGUUCCCUCACUUACCUCCCAGACGCCAUCGCUGAAGCCAUCUACGAACAAGUCGACGCACAAUAUGAUUAUAGUGAAGGAGCCGCCUACGUCCCAUGUUCCCUCGCUUCCAAUAGCAGCGCCCUAAACUUUACCUUCACUUCCCCAACCAUUCAAGUCACCAUGGACGAACUCGUCAUCCCAGUUACUAGCAGCAAUGGCCAACAAUUAAGAUUCACUGACGGCACCGCAGCCUGUCUCUUCGGUAUUGCUCCCGCAGGAGAAAGUACCGCCGUUCUUGGAGAUACCUUCAUCCGCUCUGCCUAUAUUGUCUACGAUCUCGCCAAUAAUGAAAUUUCCCUCGCCCAAACAAAUUUCAACGCAACAGCUACUAACGUGGUUGAAAUUACCACGGGUAUAUCAGCGGUUCCGAAUGCUGCCUUAGUUUCCAACGCAGCAACAGCCAGUUCGGAUAGUUCGGGUGCUGUUAUUAGCGGAUCAGUUACUUUGAAUUCGGGAUCCAAAUCGAAAAAUGCAGCGGCUUUUCAAACUCCCCCGCCGUUGGCGUAUGGGAUGGCUGCUCUGGGUGCGGGUUUAUUCUAUGCUAUGUAGAGUUUCUUUCUUUCUCUGGCAUAUAGAAUGAGGGAUUUUCUUGAUUUGUUUUUAGCGAUAAUUAUGCACUGCAUUGCACUGCAUGGAAUGAUAACCCCGGGCAUAUAUAUCCUAUAUAUAGAUACAUAUCUCAAAAGGCGUUUCGUUUUAUUGUUUUUUAUUUUUGUUUUUUGUUUUGUACAAAUCUCUUGCAUUCACACGAGAUCAUUCUUUUAAUGAGAUGAAAUAUGAGGAUACUUAAGAUUUGGGUUAUUGCAUGAUGUAUGAUGUAUUGUUUGGGAUUGCAUCUGUAUGGCAGCAAUGGAGUUUGAUGUUUUUCUUAUGAUUUUGAUGGAUGGAUGGAUAGAUUUUGAUUGAGAUGGCGGGUUUAUUUGAGGUGGAUGGAGGUGGAGGUGGAGGUGGUGAUUGAGUUGAGAUGAGAUAAUAGAGAGGAUAGGGAGGAUAGAUGUGAGAUGGUGCAAAUAUCUAGAGGAGAUAUCAUCAUGUACAAGAUGAGAUGAGAUGAUAAGACAAUAUAAAUAGAUAUUUAGAGGAUAUUGUGACGUUUAUAAUGUUUUCAAU